AUGCUUUUCGAUCCAGCUUUGUCUGUUUUUGGCACGAGACACUGCUCGAGCAAUAGCCAUGGUAGCAUUACGUGGUGGCAAGUCUACCGAUUCUGUCCCUCCCUCAAAGACAAAGACUCCUGGCACUGCGAAAGAAAAGGGGACAAGAUACAGAAAUCGAGAUCAGGUCAAUCUAAGCAGAAGGAGAGAGAACGUCUUGAAAAGGCCUUGAAACAAAAAGCGGAGGAGCAGACGAGACUCCAAGCACUUGAAGACGAAGUCGCUGCAUUAAGAUCGAAGCUAGAUUCAAACGAGUCUGACGAGUUACGCAGCGACAUUGAGGCAGAAAUUGAAGAGAAAAUACAACUUUUAGCGCAAUGCAAUGAGUCUCUCAAAGAGAUUCAAAGUGACAUUGACGGAAUGGAUAUCGACGAACCUGAAGACAAUAUAGCGGUGAAACCGGAGCCCCAGCAAGCUCCUCCGACCCUGGAUGGUUCCAGCGAGGCACAUGCAGGAUCAACAGAAAAUGAAGAUCCGAUUCUUGAGUCCGACGUGCGCCAUACCAAUGACCCACAGCUCCACAGGGAAAAUCCGGAAGAGACCGAUCGCAGCUCCGACGAGCCCCGCCAGUCAAAUGAUCUGUUUGUGCCACUAGGUGACAACGUAAAAUCUAAGAAAGUCCCAAUACAGACAACAUACAAAAAGCCCACAAACUACUAUGACUUUGAGUUGGUUGACCUGACUUUAGACGAUGAAGAUGCAACGGAGGAUCAACUUUUCACCGACAGCAUAGUCAUUUUGAAAUCCCAAUCAUACACUGGUCACAUAUAUCUGAAUCAAUAUGGGCCUAAGGAAUGUCCAAUGGCAGUAUGGAGCUCCAGCGCAGCACCUCAGCAAGUUGAGAAAUGCACAUUUCUCAAAGGCGCUCCUCACAAAAACGCCAUGGCCACUCAUGAUGACGGUGACGAUACUGGAAAACCAAAAUAUAGACUCCUGAUUGACAAGGUUAAGAUGGUAGCUUGGCAGCCCAAAAGAGGCGGCUCCACUAUACAGGACUUGAUGGACUCGGUGGAAGACCUGAACCCUGCCAAGAAGGAAGGCAACCGAAAGUAUAUCUUCCCAUUCACAACAGUCCUCGUUCAAUUUCAGGAAACAGUCGGACUACCACUGGUCUGGAUUUCGCGUUCAGACUAUGACAAACUCUCAAGCGGUGCAAAGCGCGAGAAGGCGAGACGGGACCGGAACAUAUACACAUUGGCCCGGCAGCAAGUCCGAAACUACAAAAAAUGGGCAGAGCAAGUACUCGGUGGUCCGCUCCAGGACAUCAGUAGCAGGGAGAAAGAAGAGAUGUCUUCGUCGCCUUCAAAGAACCAGCUCUCUGAGCAGUUUCCCGCGCAGCCUCGGCGUAGCCAGAGACUUGAACAACAAAAUAAAGCUGGAGACACGCUGAGCAUGACCGAGAUUAUGCGACUGCAGAAGAAAUUGCAGGAGCUAGAAAACGACCGGAUGAAACCCCAGGAUACGCAAAGCUAUGGGCAGCGAGGCCAGAAAGCUAGCAGCAAAAAGAUCAAGGUCAUCAAUGAAGUCCCAAUCAGUCGUUCCUUCAGAGGUUUUGCGGCCAAAUGGGAUAUUGAAGUUGCUCCAGAGGACUGGAGGGACCUUGCCGAUGCGGACUUUGCCAGGUUCCAGGUGAUGGCCGAGAUUUUCAUCGAAGAACAGCGGGAUAACGGCAGGUCGGUUGUUGACGAUAUGAAGGUUUUCGACGCUUUGGGCGUCUCUGAUCGGUGA